AUGCUUACAUUUGCUCCGCGCUUGACCAGAACAACUUAUUACGGUUUUCGCUGUUGUUUUUCAACAUCUCUCGGGCUACGGGAACCUAAAAUCGAGACAGUUGAUUUAGCAUAUGAGAAAUACCCAUAUGAAAACUCCACCAAGUCACCAUUAAUCUUGCUUCAUGGUAUAUUCGGUUCCAAAGCAAAUACACGCACAGUAUCUAAGCAAUUGGCAGAGCGAUUGACGCGAGACAUUUAUGCUCUUGAUCUUCGAAAUUUUGGAUCAAGUCCGCACGCCAAAAGAUUGGAUUAUCCCAGUUUAUCUGCAGAUGUGGAGCAGUGGAUUGACAACCAGGACUUUAAAGAAAAACCCAUUUUGGUUGGUCACUCUAUGGGUGCCAAGACUGCUAUGGCAUUGGCAUUGAGAAGACCAGAGUUGCCUAAAUUUGUGGUGAGUGUGGAUAACGCGCCAAUCUCAUUUGGCAACACUGGGUCCAAGUUUGGAAAAUACAUUAAUCAAUUGAGAGUUGCAUUGGAAAAACACAAGUAUAACGAUAUUAAGGAUGUUGAUGCCGAGUUGGCAAAAGUGGAGCCAAAUAAAGUUAUCAGACAGUUUUUGCUCAUGAAUAUGAAUAGAGGUAAAAAGAAUGAACCAGUAACUUCCAAGAUUCCACUAGAUAUAAUUGGUGAUGCAGUUAAUAAAGGUUUCAUUGCCAGUUGGCCCUAUGACUCUAACGUUCAAAGAUGGACUGGACCUGUUUUGUUCAUUAGGGGUACUGAGUCACAUUACGUACCUGAUGAAGUUAUACCGGAGAUUGCUGCUCAGUUCCCUGAUUUUGAAAUUCGUGAUAUAGAGAGCGGGCAUUGGGUGAUUAGCGAGAAGCCAAAAGAAUUUAUGGAUGUCUUGCAAGAGUUUAUAGAAAGAAAGGAAGACGAUUAA